AAACUACUGUUAUAUGAUCGCCAUAUAACGUGUCCCACAGGAGAGACGUAUUGACUGAAAUGGGUUUAAUACGUACACAGUAGUGUCAGUUUUUGUCGGACUAAAUGGCAAGUAUUUGUUUUAAUAAGAUGCAGCGAAAUGAACCUGUGCGUGAGACAGACACCACUAACUGCUGCUGUGGGAUUGUUGAGAACAAAAUAACGCCUUGCAUCCUUACACCCAUUCCAAGAUUCUCCAGUAUAUUAAACGUAUGGCUCAUUGUGUGGAACAAAUGCGGCAAUGUGUUUUACUGUGCUAUUAAUUCCCACGGAGACUGGCAUGCAGCACCCCACACUGCUGAAAUCUACUGGCGUUUUCUUAGUUUUUCGAACGAAAACUGUUCCUGUCUGUGAAAUGGUGAAAUGAUCCACUUAGCUUGGUGGUGUACUUGAUUCAUAUAAACGGGAACGUCUUUGCUUUCUUCGCUUGACGUUGCGGAAAUUUAGUGAGAUCACUGGGUUUGUCGAGAUGUCACUGUUUCAGAUAUGCAGAACAAUUUAAGUACCGGAAGUCUCACAACUUAUUGUAAGUGAUAAAAUACAACUCGUCUUCAUAAUUUUCAACGAGAAAGUAAAGACACAAUUCUGUGAAAUUGAGGACUCUUGCUCUCUCUCAAUUAAUAUAAAUGGAAAACAGAUUGAGACAUGAGGGAUCAAGGCAUGUAAGAGAAGAGGAAAGUAGAACUCGCUGGUUAUGGAUAUAAAUGGUUUUUUGCUGCUCGUAACAUGCCUAGUGCAGAGCAGACUAGCAAAGAUUGUGCCGUGGCGCCCCCUGUGUGACAACCGUGUCAUGGACAGAUACAUCAGGGAAGCGAAAGAUCUGUUGAAGGCGCCGUGUAACCAGACAUUUCGAUUUCCUAACGUAAUUCCUCUUCCAAGUACUGGUCUUAAUCUGCGAGUGUGGAGAUCCAAAAGUAAACAUAUGAAAAAUGAAGAAAUCAAGGCUGGCCUAAUUAUGCUAUCUAAUGCAACUCAGACCGCAAAACACUUUAUCGCUAAUGGUUCAACAAAACCUCUCUUAGAUACAAUUUACAGGAAUACUAGAACUUUCAUCCACAUGUUGCAAUUGAUGGAUGUGCCGGACACAUCAAAUCGGACUUAUGAACUUGCAAGGCCAUUAAUGGGAAGAACUGUGCAGAAUGUAUUAUACACAUACACUCGCCUGAUGUGUGGAAAAAUCAAUAUAUUUUACCGGGAAAUGGCAGAAGAAUAUUGCAAAGUGAGAAAAUGGUGACAACAACCAGCUUCCUGCAUGUGGGUGCACUUUGUGGAGUUCAGCACUGAAUUUUUGGAGUAUUGUGUGCAUUGGAAGAGAAGGAAAAUGCAAGUUCUUAAUUUAAGAAAAGUUGCCAAAUGCGUGUUGCAAUUUCCAACAAGUUCCAAGACCUCACGUGGAUGCACAAGGAUGUGGUCGCAACAUGGAGAAUAUGUCAUCCAACUUACUUUGGCAGUUUUCUAUUCAUCUUUUAUAAUCUGGAACCUUAAUAGGCUUGUUAUUGUAUUUUGUUACAAAAUAGUGAACUUGCUUCAACCAAAAUAACAAUUGCAAUUUAUCAAUCAGAGUAAUCUUUGUUGAGUCCGAUCGAGCAUAUGUUACACAUAAAAUAAUAUUACUGAUUUGUAAAAAGAACUGCUGGGUUAUGAAUUAUAUAUCUACAAUUUAUGACAACAAUGAAUGGUUCAGAAGUGCUGCAAUGGAAUUGCAUGCACAUUUUAUAAACAAAGUAUACUAAGAUAUCGGCUUUCUAAUCGGUCAUAUUUAAUUAAAAUAUUAUAAAGUGUCAUAACUGGUUAGAAAAUGGUUGGAAGCCAUCACAGCUGGCUUCUGUACUUUGAGCACCUCUCCAAAUUUUUAGUCAAGUUAUAAUCUCAGGUCAAUAUAUUUCACCUGAUUGACAGGGACAAUUGAUGAGAGCUAUCAACCUGCAAUGGUAAUGGGCCUGUCCCACUUAGGCGACUUUUAGGUGACUGCAGGAGACUAUGCUGUCGCCACAUGGUCGCCACAUGUUCGCGGGUGGUUGC